AUUGGUUUUUUUUAUUUGUUCUCGAUUUCUUAAAUAUUUAAUUUCGGGUUGUUAUCUACAAUAAAUUGCAUACAUGGUUUCAUCUUUGAUUGAACUCGUACCAGUUUUGUUAAUUGUAUAGACAGCCGUAUUAACACUUUCUGCUCAAAGUGAUUUAUUUAGAUUUUUCUAGUCCUUGCAGCUUCUACUACCGUCCGGUUACAGCUGUAUCACAAUCAAGAAGUAAUCACUGAAAGUAAAAAUGUAAAAUAAAUCUUUGAUUAUUGAAUUUGGCACGGCGUGGGUACCAGGUUUGAUCUUGUUAAUUAAACAUGGAAAGAGAUAAAUGUAUUAUUUAUACGGUAUUCGUCUUUAGUCUGGCGAUUGGCGAAGACAGGAGUGGGGUGGCUCAAAACUCACAAAAAAAUAAUGAAUGUAUCACGUCAAAUGAUCUUAACGGCAAUUGCAUUAACAUAACAAGAUGCCCAACACAUUAUCCAUUAGAAAAUCAGAUACAAAAUUCUUCUUUUAGCAUUAAUCUCAGAAACUCCAUGUGUGUAAAUAAGGAUAAUUCCACUUAUUACGCUAAGGUACGCUGUCCAUUGGAGAAUGAACUUACCACCAACACUGAAUUUUCUCAAAAGAAAAUUACUCUCAAUAUUGAUUUUACAUUAUCGGAAAUUGACGAAAUAAAUUCACCAAGCAAAUUGCCAUCUCAAGAAACUUGUGGAAAGGAGUUUCAAUUUUACCAGUAUCAUCCACAUGAAAUAACAGGAGGGAUCGAAAGAAAAUCUGCUAAAUUAGGCGCAACAAAAUAUGUAGUUAAUCGGCCCUGGAUAGUGGCACUCGGGUAUCUAACUCUUAAACGGUCUUCUAACUCUUAUACUGAUAUGCCAAAGCCGGAAUACGAGUGGAAGUGUGGCGGUUCCUUGAUAUCAGAUAGAUACGUAUUAACAGCUGCUCACUGCACCAUUGCAGUCGAUCAUGGAAUGUCUUGUUUGACUGUUGUGCGUUUAGGUCAUUUACUUAAAAUACAUUGGCCUAAAGCUGCAAAACCAAUAGAUGUGACAAUUUCACGGGUCAUUAGACAUAAAGAAUAUAACGCACAAAAACUGACCAAUGAUAUUGCAUUAUUAAAAUUAAACAACAGUGUUGAAUUCAAUCCUUAUAUUCGACCUAUCUGUUUACCCAUCUUAUGGCAUCAUAGAACCAACACGUUCGUUGAAUCUGAACUAUUUGUUACAGGAUGGGGUUCCAGAAGGUUUGAGGGACCAGCAUCCAAGUAUCUAAUUGAAGUUAAACUACGCGGAGUGGACAAUGUUGAAUGUAAAAUGCUAUUUGACUUAAAGAAUUUCGUUAUCGAUGAUAGAAUGUUGUGUGCUGGAUCGUUAACAGGCAAACAGGACGCUUGUCAGGGAGAUUCUGGAUGUCCUUUAAUGUGGAAAAAUCGUAAUCAAUAUUAUUUAGUGGGUAUUGUGUCUUUCGGAUAUAAAUGUGGUGAACGAGGUUAUCCAGGUGGAUAUACUAGAGUGACAUCAUUUAUCGAAUGGAUCGAAGAUAACAUGGAUUAAAGUUAAAUUGUAUUGAUUGAUGCAAAUGAUGCUAUAGUUAAAUUAAGUGAAUUUAAUAAAAAUAUUAUCUAAGUAUGUGUAAAUAAUCAGAUAAUAAGAAAAUAAAUCCGAAAACAAACGUCUACUAUAAUAUGUAAUAUGUAUAGGCAUAUAGCUAUUAUAAGACCGAUCAGAAUUUACGGCAUUCAACUGUGGGGUUGUGCCAGUAAGUCUAACAUCGAUGUAAUAGAACGCUGUCGAAAAAUCGCCCACGCCUUGGAACGGAGCAAAAAAGCGCACCAAAUAAAGACCUUUUUAGCUCCAAACCCUUAUCUCAGGGGGGGGUCUUAGUUAUUUUUUUAUUAAGUGAACGUGGGUAAUGUUUGAGUUGGGGGGGGGGAGGAGUAUAAUAUGCUCGAAUAAACAAUAUAGUCACGUAUAAAAAUCAGCCACACAAACAUUACCCACGUUCACUUAAU